GACUCCACAGAGAUGGCAGAACUCUCAAAGAAAUACGUCAAGAGAUGGCCAAAGAGCAUAAGUUCGAAGCCACGUGAGUACGUGUUGUGUCGCUCUUGAAUUGUCUUUGACAGCGUCAGUGAACACAUGUAUAAACCUAGGCUUAAGAGCUGGGGGUUGAGGAAAUACUUCAAGAAAGAGGAACAUGAAGUUGCUAGGGAGGCAGUUGAUGAACGUACAGGUCAAGGGCCUUCCUUGCCCGUGGACGUGAUGGUCAACGGCCGACGGCUACCUUUGCAUCGUCUGAGUCGCCAGUUCAGGGCAGAUCCUACUUUCGCAAUCGCUUUAAACCAAGGUGCUCGCCGCUGGGACCAACUUGCUUUGACAUAUCAGUUGCAAGCCUGUACAGCAGAAGAUCAGAUCGAGCUGAUGCUUCGUCAUAUCAAAGCACACUGGUCCAUCACCAUCAAAGGUAAUCAUGAGACCAUGCCUGUCUUGAAAGCGAGACGGGCAAGGAUGGAGGUAACCUCCCACCCAAACGAUGUCAGGAACAGGUUGUUAGGUGGCCUAGCUUUGGUUCGCCGCGGCAAACCGGCCAAGGGAUGGAAAGAGAUUCAUUACGUCUGCGAGCAAAUUGGCAAGGUCUUCGAAUUGGGAGAGCCCAACCUGCUGCCCGAGAUGAUCGCGGUGUUCUCCAGUGUGGUCUGGAAUGACCAUGCCGAAUUGUUCGACCAGAUCGCCAGACAUUUCGCGUACAUGGCAAAUGAGUAUCUCGGCUCUCAACAUCCGUUGACAAGAAUAAUGAUAAUCGUCGUGACUUUGGUUGAGAAUCUCGACGCAUUCCAGCACUUCGCGGAGCGUGCAUUCACUCUCAUGAUGAAGACGCUUGAGGGGGACUGCGGCAACACCAACACCAAGCGCUGGCGACGGGUCAGACUGCAGACGGAGACAGAGAUCAUUUCGCGAAUGCAGCAUCAUCUCACACCCCCGGAAUGUCGGGCGAUGAUUCAGAACAAACUCUCUUCGUACAAGCACGAUUUGGGGCCCAGGAGCGCUCACACCCUAAAUUUGGCGUUCCUUCUGGGCACGACCUACGAGAGAGAAGAGUCCAAAACAAAAGGUGAGGUCCAGUGUAGAGCUGAAGCCCAGUAUCUUUGGAUCACCGAUCAAGGGAAACGAUUCCGACAGGAUAGCUGUCGCAUUGGGUCGUACCCCCUAGCUGCUCGGCGGUUGGGGCAGAUGUACUUCCGUCGAAAUGACUACACGAAGUCACAGGAGUAUUAUUGCAUCGCGUGGGUGUGGGCUGCUGAAAAGCUUGGUGAGCACCAUCCAUUCACGGAUCUGCUCAUACGAGAUUUGAGCGGUCUGCAGUUGAUGUACAAGAAGGGUCUGUUUGAAAGGACCACGGUAUAUAAGUACAACGGGUCGCGGGUAGUCGUGGCGUGGAACGACAAUGGGGAAUCAACUGUGGUGGACGAGGUCUAUGUAGGAGAGGAUGGCUCCAGGGAUGCGGCUGCCAUCGUGGAAAGUGAUGGUAUCCCCUUGUCAAAUGAUGACCAAUGCAUGGAUUUCGUUAGCCCCGACAAAGACAUGGAGCUGGAUGCAGCAUUGAUGAAUGUACAAGCUGGUGAUGGCGACGAAGAAUAUCUGGAUGACUUCAGCUGGCUAGCUCAAUACCAGGAAUAAUGGGAUGCUGUAGAUUGAUCUUUACCAGGUCAACUCUGCUCUCGAUCAACAGUGGAUAUCCACAGAACUAUCUGACCACACCAAAAGUGCUGUCACAAAAGGAGAAAUGUACACCAUCAACUAUCUC